AUGUCGCACACAGCGGCAAUGCAGGCGGGCGGCAGUUUGGCCGCGGCGGCCGCUCGUGCCGAUAGUACACAUAUUAGCGGCGGUCGGUACGACUUCGAAGACGGUGGAACAUUCUGUGGCGGCUGGGAAGAUAAUAAAGCCCACGGCCACGGAGUUUGUACGGGUCCAAAGAACAAAGGUGCUUAUUCCGGAGCAUGGCAUUACGGUUUCGAAGUAUCGGGGAUAUAUUGUUGGCCAAGUGGCUCCACAUACGAGGGACAUUGGCAAAAUGGUAAAAGACAUGGGCUGGGUAUUGAGGUUAGAGGCAGAUGGGUGUACAGAGGCGAAUGGACACAAGGUUUCAAGGGCCGGUACGGUGUGCGACAAAGUGCAUCAUCGACGGCCCGGUACGAGGGAACAUGGGCUAAUGGGCUGCAGGAUGGCUACGGUUCGGAAACGUACGCCGAUGGAGGCAGCUACCAGGGACAGUGGCAGCGGGGUAUGCGACAUGGAUACGGUGUCCGAACGUCAGCCCCAUUCGGUAUGGCCGCUCGGUUUCGGCCAAAGUCGGUCCGCGUGUCGAUGACCUCGCUGCGUAGCACCGACGGUGGCAAUCAGGCACCCACACCGGAUCCGGGCGAAAAGCGCAACCAUCGGAUCGAUGAUGCGCGUGGUGGUUUUGUGCUGAAGGCGAAGUCCGACGAAACACCGGUCCGACGCAACAGUUUGGUAGAGAAAACGAAGAAAGGACUUUUAUCGGGACUCAAAAUUAGGAAACAAAAAAGUACGGGCGAUUUGGAAAAGCGUGGUACAGGCACGGGUAGCAUUCGGUCUACGGCGUCGACUGCGUCCUGGUUGAGUACGGAAUCAUCGCAAUCAGGAAUGACAAAUAAGACAAUGCACACGGAUUCCAAUGCAAGCUUUAUAGUAGAGGACGAACAGUUGGAUGCGAGCGUGGUGGAAACGUAUAUGGGCGAGUGGAAGAACGAUAAGCGAUGUGGAUAUGGUAUUUCGGAGCGUAGCGAUGGAUUAAAGUACGAAGGUGAGUGGUAUGCGAAUAAGAAGUACGGUUACGGUGUAACUACAUUUAAGGAUGGCACGAAGGAAGAAGGGAAAUACAAGAACAACGUGUUAAUCACGAGCCAGAAGAAGAAGCAUCUUUUCUUGAUCCGCUCGGCCAAGUUCCGCGAACGGAUAGACGCGGCAGUCGACUCAGCUCAGCGUUCCUCCAAGUACGCACUGCAGAAAGCGGACAUUGCGAUAUCGCGCACGGCUACCGCACGCGGUAAAGCCGAACUGGCCGAUGCGGCCGCUGAUGAGGCGCGGGCUGAAUCAGACCUAGCGAUACGGAUCGCACGUGACUUUGCUCCCGAUUUCAAUCCGUCCCUGCUGGAGCGGUUCGAUCGGUUGCGGCGUAACCGUGUCUACCCACUGCCGGACAGUGUGAAGCCGAAUGAGUUGCCCAGUGGUCGACUCGGUCAGGACGAGUAUGGGGCCCACAGUCAGCUACACAACCAUGCCAACAAAAAGGAAUUAGAGCUGGCAAACAUGAAGAACGCACUGAACAGCCCUUUCGGAAUAAGUGGUGGACAUGCGGGGGCUACCAACCAGCGCAUGUCGAAUUACUAUGAUCAGAAAGGACAAAACACAAACAGCUCCAUCAUGGGUGGUCCGAAUGGGCCGAUCGGUGGUGCAAUGCAUCAAUCGUCGAUGGCCCACUACGCUUCGUCGAUGGGACCGAGCCACGACCAGGGGCGGCUAAUAGACGAUGGGUUACAGUCGAUGUAUGGUCGGCAACCGUCCUGCCCGAACCCGCAGCAGUGCGGACCCGGUAGCGGUAGUGGUCCCUCUGCCAACUACUACGGAGCGGGUACAGGUGCUAAGUCGGCCACCGUCGGCGGUGUACCGUCGAACGAUAAAUUUUCCUACCAACAGUCGAGCUUACAGUUGCGGGACGAUUCGACGCUCGGUGGCAUCACCAGCCCAAGACGAACGUCCACGAUGCAGCACGCAAACACGUCGAUGUACGGCGAGUCGGUCCAGCAGAUGAACUCCCGUCCAGCUCCAUCGCUCGGGGCGAUCGGAAGCCAAUCGUCGAUAGACUACUUUGACCAUUAUAAGCGACCGCCCAGCAGGGAUGGAUCGGUGGAUCGGUACACGCGUGCCGCUAGCAAGCUUGGGGGUGCCGGCAUCAAUUCACGCCAACCGUCGGUUGAGAAAACGGGACCGGUCUGUAUGACGAAUCCGGGAGGCGUGGAUGGUGGUGAAGCUACCGAGCGGAUCGGUACGUUACGACGCGGUUCGCAGAUGAUGUCGGGUCCAGCCACCACCAACGGUUCCAUCCCGGUGAACAUCGGCAUGAGUAAUGGCAGCGUGCGGCCGGGAUCGAGAGCGACUACCCCGUUGCAUCAACACAGCUCGGACAUGUGCCAGCAAUCGCAGCAACCGUUCGAGGAUGUUUUGCUUCGGCAACGAACGCUCGGACAGGACAUUAUUCCUUCGCUGACGCAGCCGAAGCGCACCGAAAGUCUUUACCUAUCGAAACCGGCCAUCAACAGUGUUCCAAUGGGCGGAGGUGGCGGUGGUUUCGGUGGAGGCGGUGGUGGCGGCGGAGGUGGCAUGAGAUCAAGAGGAGGUGGCGGGGGUGGAGGCGGAGGAGGCGGCAACGGUAUGGCAGCGUUUAGUAGGGAGCCAAAGCAUGAAGCAUUCUUGCGAUCUUCAUUCAACUCGUGA